AUGGCACCACGGAAGCGCAGAUCGCCGUCCCCAGUGACUGCAGCAUUCGGAAAAGAGAUUCUCGAGGAGAGAGCCCGUCGGAGGGACGCGGUUCGGGAUCCAAGUUCACUCGAUCGGCUCACUGAGCUUAACUCCGUCGACUCACCUCUUCUUCGCCUUCCAGCUGAGAUCAGAAACAUGAUCUUCACCUACGUCUUCAGCGGCGAAGAGUACCUUCUCCGCAGGCAUGAUUACAGCACUCUCAUAUGUGGAGAGGCCGUUACGGACAUCAACAUGAGCCUUCUCCUGGUAUCGCGUCAAGCCUACUCUGAGACCGCCUUGCUCCCAUAUAAGCUCGGCACGAUCUGUUUCCGUUUCAAUCCAAGCUACAUAUCAUGGCAGGCUGAUAUCGAAAUUUUUCUCGAGGAGCGAUCAGCUGAACAAAUCGAAGCGAUUGCCUGUCUAGAGUCCGGCAGUCUGCUCCCAACCUACUUCUACUCCCCUCUACAUUCAACCGACCCCCUCGUUCAUAUUACACCACGCACGGCACAACACACCAAGCUGUCACGAAAGUGCUCAACAAUGCCUUCUUGCUCGAACGGCCAGCCCCCAGCAAAGAAGCGGCGCUUUGAGGGUGCUGAAGAGAGGGCAGCGAUUCGACGUCUCCGCGAAAGAGCUCCUCGCGACAAGAUGUAA